AUGGGCAAGGAAGACAUCGUUACCGCUUACAAGACUCUCCUGGACAUCAAGCCCCAGGAGCAGAACCUCCCCGGAAAGGAUACCAACAUGGACCCGCUGGCAGAGUUCACCAAGCUCGAAUGCUGGGACGAGAGCGGGAAGCCAUACCUCAAGGAGUACGUCGGCUCAGGCAAGCUGAAGGGCAAGACGGCGAUCAUCACCGGUGGUGAUUCCGGGAUCGGGCGUUCCGCUGCGCAGAUGUUCGUCAGGGAGGGUGCCAAUGUGACCAUUGUCUACUUGGAGCAGGAGCAGGAAGAUGCAGACCGCGUCAAGAAGGCAAUCGAGGCGGAUGGGGGGGAAUGUCUCUGCCUGGCGCUCGACUUGAUGAAAGAGGAGAGUGUCAAGAAGGUGGUGGAUGAGCACAUCAAGAAGUAUGGUGGUCUGGACAUUCUGGUCAACAACGCCAGCAAGCAGAUGAUGUGCGACGACAUUGCCGAUAUCAACCUUGGCGAUGUCGAAUCUACCUUCCGCUCCAACAUCCUCGGCAUGUUCGCUCUGACCAAAUACGCCAUGCCUCACCUCAAGCGCGGCGCGAGCAUCAUCAACUCCGCCUCGGUCGUCGCAUUCAAGGGAUCGCCGAGCAUGAUGGACUACUCAUCCACCAAGGGCGCGAUCGUUACGUUCACUCGGUCGCUCGCCAUGCAACUCGCACCAAAGGGAAUCAGGGUCAACGCCGUUUGCCCAGGACCCGUCUACACUCCUCUCCAGCCAGCUUCGCGUCAGGCCGAGCAGAUGGACGACUGGAACAUCGGGGCGCUGCCGCUCCAUGGCCGGGUGAACAUGCCGGCCGAGAUGGGACCUGCUUAUGUCUUCUUGGCAUGCGCCGACUCGAAUGCCAUGACUGGACAGAUGAUGCACCUGAACAAUGCGCAGUGGAUCGGAUGA